AUGGCUUUCAACCACAGAAACAGAAAGGGACAAGUCUUAGGUUCAAAAGCCAUAGCUGAUGCAGCUUCAUGGUACUGUGCUUUUCUCCUUGCGGCCCUCUUACUCCUAAGCAUGUUUAGAGACAGCUCUAUGCUUCCAAGUCAUGCCAACUUCACAAACACCCAACUCUUGUCACGCCCAUGCGAUGAAAUCUAUGUUGUUGGAGAAGGUGAGACACUUCACACAAUCAGUGACAAGUGUGAUGACCCCUUUAUAGUUGAAAACAACCCUCAUAUCCAUGAUCCUGAUGAUGUCUUCCCCGGCCUCGUUAUCAAGAUUACACCUUCACAUCGUACCUAG